AUGGGCAGAUCAAACAAGAACUUGAUGAGCAAAAUCCGCUGUGGAAGGGCAUCCCUACAAGUUACUGUAAGAAAUUCAUCAGAAGAACUAGUGGGUGGAAAGGCUAAGAGGAUUGAGCCUGUCUCGACUUUGUUUGCAGAAGCUACUGCACUCUCGAUCCAAUCUUUCCUUACUUUUGCUCGUUAUCGGGAGCUUCACCGAGCUCUCGAUCGAGCUUUUCUCUCACUACCAAAUUCAAUCACAGAGACCCAUGCAAUUAUACUCAAAUC